CUCCGGCAGUCCGGCGGCCGCACCACCGCAAAGGCAAGAGAAUAUGGCGAGGCCGCACGUCGUGGUGGUGCCGUACCCGGGCGCCGGCAACAUCAACCCGGCGCUGCAGGUCGCCAAGCUGCUGCACCGCCACGGCGCCUACGUCACCUUCGUCAACACUGAGCACAACCACCGGCUCGUGCAGGACACGGAGGGCGCCGGCGCCGUGCGGGGCCGCGAGGGGUUCCGCUUCGAGGCCAUCCCGGACGGGCUGUCCGAGGCCGACCGCGGCAAGCAGGGCUACGGCACCGAACUCGCCGCGUCCAUCACCGCCUCCUGCGCGGCGCCCUUCCGGGCCCUCGUCGCGAGGCUCGACGGCGGCGGCGAGCCCGGCGUGCCGCGGGUCACGUGCGUGCUGGCCACGAUGCUGAUGACCUUCGCGCUCGACGUGGCGCGGGAGAUGGGCGUCCCGACCGUCGCGUUCUGGACCGGCAGCGCCGCCUCGCUCAUGGCCGACAUGAGGCUCCGCGACCUCAGGGCGAGAGGCUACCUGCCCCUCAAAGGUAAUCACCAAUGCAAACCUUUGCUGAUUUCACCGUGCACAGACACUGAUCGAUCCGCCGGGCAUGCAGAUGAGAGGUACUUGACCAACGGCUACCUCGAGACGACGGUCAUCGACUGGAUCCCCGGCAUGCCGCCGAUGAGCCUUGGCAGCUUCUCCAGCUUCCUCCGCACCACCGACCCGGACGACUUCUGCCUCCGGCUCAUAGAGGCGGAGACCAACAGCUGCGCCAAGGCCGGCGCGCUCAUCCUCAACACCUUCGACGCCCUUGAGGCCGACGUCCUCGCCGCGCUCCGCGCCGAGUACCCGCGCAUCUACACCAUCGGUCCCCUGGGCUCCCUGCUCCGGCGUGGCGCCGCCACCGACACCGCCGCCGAAGACUCCACUGAUGAUGGCGGUUCGACCGGGCUGAGCCUGUGGAAGCAGGACUCCGAGUGCCUGGCGUGGCUGGACACGCAGGAGCCGCGCUCCGUCGUGUACGCCAACUUCGGCAGCAACACGGUGCUGUCGCCGGAGCAGCUGGCCGAGUUCGCGUGGGGCCUCGCCGCAAGCGGCCACCCGUUCCUGUGGUCCAUCAGGGACGACCUCGUCCGCGGCACCGGCAGCAGCCUGGCCGCGCUGCCCGCAGCGUUCGCGGCGGCGGGGCGGUGCCGCGUGUCGGCGUGGUGCCCGCAGGAGCAGGUGCUGCGGCACCCGGCCGUGGGCGGCUUCCUGACGCACAGCGGGUGGAACUCGAUGUGCGAGAGCAUGGCCGCCGGCGUGCCGAUGGCGUGCUGGCCGGGGUUCGCGGACCAGUACACCAACUGCCGGUACGCCUGCGAGGCGUGGGGCGUCGGCGUCCGGGUGGACGCGGAGGUCAGGAGGGAGCAGGUUGCCGAGCGCGUCAGGGAGAUGAUGGCCAGCGAGGAGAUGCGGAGGAACGCGGCGAGGCGGAAGGCGGAAGCGGCGGCGGGCACAGGCCCCGGCGGGUCGUCGUACGAGAACCUGCUGGCGAUGGUGAGAGCGCUCAGCAGCCCAUCCAGUUCCUCCCAAGCCUAAGGAGAUUCUUGGCAUAUCAGACUUUUCUUUUUCGUUCUUCGGUUAGUUGAGAAGCGAAAUGCCAUUGACCUGAAAUGGCCGUAUGGGUAUAAUAAGAUAUU